UUUGAACAAAGUCAAUCAUGAAGAUGGAUAUUGAUUUUAUGAGUAAACAAUUAAUUUCGUUGUAUAAGAAAAUCAUCUUCCGGGUUCGUCGAUGCCCCCUUCUGCUUUCCUCUGUGUUGGUUUUCACGCGAAAUUGCUCAAAGGGAAGAGGAGAUCAUGCGUUCGUUGAUUCCUAAGAACAGAAAACAACUGGUGUGUUCGUGAAGAAAGCACUGCUACAUCGUAAAGAUGCUACAAUUUCGUAGGUUCUUGCACAGAAGGAAGGAAGAAAGGAAACAUUUCAUCGUCUACGUAGGAAAACAGCUUUUCUCCAUUAAUAUAUAGAGCAGAGCUAGACAAUCCUCUGCAAUCACAAUCCUCAACACCCGUUUUCUCCGAAAUAGGUUGCGACCAAACACGUAAAAAUUCUUCCUUUUUGUAUGUUUUGAUACAAAGGGACAAGCUGAGUUUGAAGAGCUCUGAAAAUUUUUUAGAGGAUAAACAAAUAAUUUAUCCAGGGUUUUAAUUAGAGAAAAGAAAAGAAAGAAACAAAAUUGGGGUUGAGAGAGAGAGAGAGAGAGAUGGGGAACUGCUUUUCGGAUGUGCAAGGAGGAAAGCAAGCUGUGGGUGGGGUCCAACAGAGUACCACGGCUACCAACAACAACAACGGCGGCCACAACGACGCCGUUGAGUUCUUCUACAGGUCUCGGGGACUCCAGCAACUCUUCACUCAAAUCGAGUUAUCCCUAUCAGCAUUUAACUUGCGAGAUCGUGACAUCAUUUCAAAGAGUGAUCCCAUGGCAGUGUUAUAUGCGAAGAAAAUAGAUGGAAAACUAGAGGAGUUAGGCCGCACUGAGGUUAUACUGAAUAGCUUGAAUCCCACGUGGAUGGAAAAAAUUACAGUUGCAUUCCAGUUCGAGAUUGUACAGCCAUUGGUAUUUCAUGUGUAUGAUGUUGAUACCAAAUUUCACAAUAUACCUGUAAAGAUGCUGAAAUUGGAGGAUCAAGAUUUUCUUGGAGAGGCCACGUGUGUUCUAUCAGAGGUACUUACCAAACGAAAUCAGAGUUUAACCCUUAAUCUUCAUAGUAAAAUUGGGCAUGUGGGUUUGAGGAACUUAGGGGUACUCACCAUCCAUGCAGAGGAAACAGUUGCUUCAAGGAGGGUUGUUGAGAUGAUACUCCGUUGUUCUUACUUGGAUAACAAGGACAUAUUUUCUAAAAGUGAUCCUUUUCUAAGAAUAUCUAGAAUUGUUGAGAGUGGAGGCUCAAUUCCAAUAUGCAAGACUGAAGUGGUGAACGACAAUUUAAAUCCAACAUGGAAACCCCUAUGCCUGAGUAUGCAGCAGUUUGGAAGUAAGGAUAACCCCUUGAUUAUCGAGUGCUUUGAUUUCAAUAGCAGUGGCAAACAUUCGCUUAUUGGUAAACUUCAGAAGUCAGUGGCCGACCUGGAAAAACUUCAUGAAGGUAGAAGUGGUGCAAAUCUUACUAUAACAUCUCAUCAUGGUCACAAGAAGGUUUUGAAGGGAGAGCUGUUUGUGGAUCAAUUUUGUGAGAAGGAACAAUACAGCUUUAUUGAUUACAUUUCUUGUGGAUUUGAGCUCAACUUUAUGGUUGCAGUUGACUUUACAGCCUCAAAUGGAAAUCCUCGGAACCCAGAUUCUUUACACUACAUUGAUCCUUUCGGCCAGUUGAAUUCUUAUCAGAAGGCUAUAAUGGAGGUUGGGGAGGUCAUUCAAUUUUAUGAUUCUGAUAGGCGCUUUCCUGCAUGGGGCUUCGGUGGAAAAACUUUUGAUGGAACCAUCUCACAUUGCUUCAACCUGAAUGGAAGCACAGGUAGCUUUGAGGUCGAAGGAGUUGGAGGCAUCAUGUCUGCUUAUGCAAGUGCUCUACAUAAUGUUACUCUGGCUGGACCAACCUUGUUUGGCCAAGUGAUUAAAAGAGCUGCUCAAAUUGCAAGCCAAUCCGUUUCAUACAAUAGCAAAAAGUACUUUGUUUUGCUCAUUAUUACGGAUGGAGUCCUUACAGACCUUCAAGAAACGAAAGACGCUUUGGUGAAGGCAUCUGAUCUUCCACUAUCAAUUCUUAUAGUGGGAGUGGGAGGUGCAAAUUUUGGACAAAUGGAGGACCUUGAUGCUGAUAAAGGACAACGAUUAGAGAGCUCUACCGGUCGUGUUGCUACACGUGACAUUGUACAGUUUGUUCCAAUGCGAGAUGUUCAUGGUGGGCAGAUUUCUGUGGUCCAAGCUCUUUUGGAAGAGCUACCAGGACAGUUCUUAACAUACAUGCGGUGCAGAGAUAUCAAGCCACACCCUCUUGAUGAAGCCCAAGCAUCUGGACCUGAAUCAAUGGAAGCUGAUUGGAGUGGGUAGACACAAGGGAGGCCUUUACUUUCUGCAACAAUCAAGCUCUUCUACUAGUGAUUUACUACAAACUCCUUCUUUACCUGUAAUAGCAUCACAUUUAGCUAAACAGUUGUUUGUUUGUUCCAAAUCCUCAAAACAUGCCUUAUUUGAACUAUGGCAUAAUAGAUUAGGUCAUCCUUCUGUUUUUAGGAUGAAAUUUUUACAUAAAUUCGUGCCUGAUAUGUUAGAUACUGACUCUCCAUGCCUUGUUUGUCCUCUGGCAAAACAAAAGAAAUUACCAUUUCCUCAUGCUUCUCAUAUGUCUCCUUUUCCUUUUGAUUUGGUUCAUUGUGAUGUAUGGGGACCUUUUUCUACCCCCACUGUUGAAGGUCAUAAAUAUUUUUUAACAAUUGUUGAUGAUUGUACACGGGCCAGAUAUCACCUUCUCUAUUCAUCGGCUUAGUCAGUAUAUGGAAAAGCCCCGUGAUCCUCAUUUACAAGCUACUUAUCAUAUUCUGUAGUACAUUAAGUCCACUCCAGGACAUGGUUUAUUUUUUCCAGCUGAUUCUUCUUUUCAGAUCAAAGCUUUUACAUAUUCGGAUUGGGCUUCAUGCCCUGAUACUCGAAGAUCUACUACGAGUUACUGUGUCUUUCUUGGAGAUUCCUUGGUGUCCUGGAAAUCUAAGAAACAACAAACAGUUUCUCAUUCAUCAGCAGAGGCAGAAUAUCGUUCUAUGGCCACUACAACUUGUGAAAUUGUUUGGCUUCUUUCCUUACUCUCAGAUUUUAGAGUUUCUCAUUCUAAUAGUGCUCAUCUGUUUUGCGAUUACACAGCUACACUUCAUAUUGCUACUAAUCCUGUCUUUCACGAGCGCACAAAACAUAUUGAGCUUGAUUGCCAUUUUGUACGUGACAAGCUUCAAGUUAGGAUUCUUAAGACGUUUCAUGUUGGUUCUCAACAUCAACUUGCUGAUGUUCUUACUAAAGCCUUGGAUAGUCACCAAUUUUCUACAUUGAUAACCAAGAUGGGAGUUCUUUCCAUUUACUCUCCAUCUUGAGGGAAAGUAUUACAAAUUGUUUAAAGUCUUAUUGUAAUAUGUUAUUUUAUAGUCCUUACAUGUAAUUAUACUCAUUUUACUUUACUCUUUGUAGUAUAAAUAUCUUGUAAUAUUUUACAAUACUCAAUUUAUUCAAAAUAUACACAAAAGUAUUUUCUUCA